UGCUUCAUUCCGGCUGACGAAAACGGUUGUCUAGGGCUGCACCUCAGUCGGACACCCUGGGAUCCGUACCCGUGGGUUAGUGGCAUUGUUGCCGGUUCCUGUGCUGAGUUAGCCGGUGUCCGCGUAGGUGAUUGCGUGCUCGAGGCCAACGGUGAAGAUCUACUCGGUCUCAAGGUGGUGGACAUCGCCGAACGAGUCCGCAGUCGACGAGCUUCUCGAGCCGCUCCAGCCGGUGUUGGACUUUUGCUGUGGAAUUCGGGCUUUGAGAAAAAUAAUCUCAACCCACAAUCACUGUCACGAUUCGCCAACUGUCUGCAAGGUAUCGCCGGACUGCUCGAGUGCCCGAUUUGUCUGGAGAUCAUUCGACCACCGGCGUGGCAGUGUCACCAUGGACACCUGGUCUGUUCGGGGUGUCGCUCACGGACAACCAAGUGUCCGAUUUGCCGAGAACUGCUCGGUCGUGGCCGUUGCAUCGUCGCCGAUAAACUGUUCCACUAUCUGGUGCAGACUCUCGGACAUGAAGCCGACCAACCGGUGCCGUUACAGGACGUUCAGGACACACAACGCCCCGGAAGACUUCCGUUGAUGCUGCGACGUCCUCGGUCCCAGCAGGACUCCAAAUUGAAAGCAAACAGUGUGCAAAAUGGCACCCAAACAGUCGCACAAGCGCCACAGGCGGCAACGUUUCACUGCCCAACUGGACAACCUUGUGCGCGGAUGCGAAAUCAACACGACAUCCUGAUACACCUGCAGAAGGAGCACCAAACAAGCGUAGUACAGUACUACGUCACACCGGGAGACACCGUGGACGUGACGUUGGUCGAUGAGGCUCGUGGCGGUGGUUCGUUGGCCUGCGUAGUGUUGUUUCCGGUGCAGGUGUCCACGAACCCUUCACAACAGCUGUUCUUUGUGGGCAAGUUCCGCAGCCUCGAGGAACCGGACGUGACGCUUUGCUGGAUGUGGCAUUUGGGUGAUGAAGCUGGCAGUGAGCGCUUCCAGGGACAACUGCAUCCCGCCACGACUGACGAUCGGCAGCCGGCAUUCUGCUGGCAAGGGCGGCCCGUUUCACUCGAACGAAGCUGCCAGGAGGUCCUAAGGAGCAAGCAGUACGCUCGGCUAAAGCAGGACAUCCGCAAGGUGCGCGUAAGGAUACGCGUCGAGUCGAUGGAAGGCGUUUGCUGAGAUCGCUGUUAGAAGACUGAUGGUCGGUACGAUCGAGAGCGAAACGAUUUGCCCCGGUUUCGGUUGUGAAUGUGUACUUAAU